UACGACAUUAGGUUAUUUAUACGCGACAUACUAAUAAAAUUAUCUCGAUAAUUAUCACUAAUGUUGUAAUUGCUUCUUAUAAGUUCUAAAUGGCCACAUUCAAAAAUGAAGUGUACUACCGUUAAUUCGUGUCCACAUCUGGCACAUAUAGGAACUGGUUCUCCCUUCAGUAGUGAGUGCAGGAUUAUCCCAUUUAGCUAUGGUAGGUUUGAUGUUUUUAAGGUGAGUAUUACACAUAUCCCAAUCAUCUUGCCAUUUGGAAACAGUUACACGAUUAUAUUUAUUUUUCAAAUCUUUGUGUUUUAUUUCAGGUACAUCGACCGCAUCCUGUUUGGUUGCUUCCAGGGCUACCUUGUCAGCUUUCUCAUUACCCUGUAUGCCCACAUGACUGGGGACCCAUAGUAAGUUACCAAGGCAUACCUAUGUGAUUAAAAAACAGCAUAAUGAAAAACUGCAUCAAAAUUUAUAACAGCGCAGUCCGGGAACAUAAAAGCGACCCCUCGCAGCUGAAAAGAUUCCAAUAUAUAUUCGAGAAGAAGGAGCUACUCAAUUCAGUGAGUAUUUUUCCUAUUCAAUUGAAUUGAAUUGAAGUGAAGGUAACCUUGGCACUAGAGAAGUUUAAAAUAUUACCGAUCAUGUCAUAAUUACGACAGUUUACCUCCCGGAGGUAAUAAAAACCUAAUUAAGUGUAAUAUGUAAUAAUCCCUUAAUGAUAAAUUCAAGUAAGUAAGUGUAAUGUGGAGGAAAAGUAGUUUUCAGAAAUCAAGUAUAAAACCCAGAGGAACUGUAACCGAAGCAUCAGUUGUAACAUUCUGCUCACACCAUGUCUUUCAAGCUUGUGACAAUCUACGCUUUAAUCGCAUUCGCCAAUGCCGGAUACCUAGAAUCCGGAUUGAGAUAUGCGGCUCCGGCUCCGAUCGCUUACAGAAGCUACGUAUCGCCUGCGGUUACAAAGACCGAUUUCAUCCCGGGAUCCUACUCGUCUUCCUACAGAAGCGAUGUCAUCACUCCACGUGUCCAGUACACCGAAACCCCCGGAUACAGCUACGCAGUCCCCCAACCACCAGCCAUCGCCUACGCUCCCACCGUCACCAAAGUUGCACAUCUUGAACCGAUCGUAAGAGCUCUUCCAGCAAUCGCUCCAGCUCCAAUCGCUCGUGUUGGAUACGCAGGCGCCGCUUCAUUCGCACUUGGAGGACACGGAUUGGGAUACGCUAGAGCUCUACCUUUGGCGCACAAUGGCCUUGCUCUAGGCGGAUUUGCGCGCGGAUUACCUCUUGGUCAUAGCACCUAUGGUGGUUACUAUUAAGAUACUUGCGUAAUUUAUAUUAAAAUAUACGAGUAACUUCCAUGAAUUUGGGAAAAUUUAUUUUGACACCUUAUCU